CAUAUUUGUAUUUGUCCUAAGGUUAAAGAAGCUGCUGCAAGCUGUAACAUAACAUCAGUAUCAUCACCAACUGCAUCAUCUCUCCUUGUAAAAUGGAACUAUUUUACAGGAGCGACAAACUAUAUUCUGGAUGUCAGGGCUGUGAAUGCAAACAACACAGCACCUAUCACUAUUACACUCCCUGUGUCCACUGUGGAGCGACUGGUCCAAGGCUUAAGACCGGGACAAAUUUAUCUAGUGACUUUUAAAGUGUUUGUGCUCGAUUAUGUAGCAUGCAUCGACUCCCAGACAGCACAGACAAUUCCUGCCACCUCACAAAUAACAUAUUCAAAGGCAAUAUCAAGCACCUCGAUCAGGUUUGAGUGGGCCAGUGCGCAAGGAGCUGACAAAUACAUUUUGGUGGUGAAUGGAACUUUCCAUCCUGAGACUCAUAACCUCACAUUCACCUCGCUAAGUGGACAGAUAGACAACCUCCAGCAAGCCACCUCGUACAGCUGUUACAUUUAUUCCGCCAAUUCCGCAGGACUUGGCGCCAAGAGCCUUGUCAGAACCAUCAGAACAUUGGUGCAGCCACCAGAUAAUGUGGCCGUGAGCGAAUUAACACAGAGCUCGGCUCGCGUAACAUGGAACACCGUCUCAGGUGUCCUGCUUUACCAGCUUUCAGUGAUGGCCAAUAACAAGCCGGGAUUUCCCCCGGUUCUUAAGAACGUCACUGGUACCGCUGUGAAUAUCUUAAACCUGGAGCCGUGUACAACAUACACAAUAGGGGUUGCAUCUAUCAACAUGUUCCUUGAACCAGGAGAGUUCAAUAAUGUCACCUACACAACUUCCACCAUUGCAACAGUUUCCUCCAUCUCUGCGGAGUACAGCUGUAUUACUUCUACGGCAACGGUUAGUUGGGGUGCGGUAUUUGGUGCCACGUCGUACCGUGCCGUCAUUACAGAUGGUCAAGGCCGGUCACUCAACUGCACCUCCACCAACACCACCUGCCAGAUCUCGAAUCUGAUCUGUGGAGAACGGUUCGCCGUAUGGAUUACAGCCAUCAAUACCUGUGAAAGCACUUCCAACGGCAGCUACAUCUUUGAGACAGCACCAUGCCCACCCAAAGCGGCAAAAGUGUACCGCGAGUGCUCCACUAAUGUCAUCUUGUUCUCGUGGGAGCCCACCAACAACACGGCUUAUUACUUCGCCAUUGCUGUGGACUCGGAUGGCCUGGUAACUGAAUGCGUCACUGUGGAAACCUCCUGUUAUUUCACAGACACUGUCUGUGGUCAAACCUACAGCUUCUACGUCAGCGCCAUCUACUCCGGAGGACUAGACUGCAACAGUGGAAACACAGAGGGUGUAGUGGUCAAAACAGCCCCAUGUUUGCCGCAGAACAUCUACACGAUUGCAAACUGUAAUAGCAUCAGCAGUGCCAUCAUUACUUGGGAUGAGGCCACAGGAGCCGAGGCCUACAUUGUGGAGGCGCGCGGUAAUCGUAAAGAUUUCUACAACUGUACGUCUGCAAACACAAGCUGCACGCUAACAGAUCUGGAUUGCGGAGAGAGCCUGAGCGUGUGGAUUGUUGCUAAAAAUAGUGAAUGCACUACUGAUUCUGUGCUGGGAGAUGUGGCAGAGACAGUUCCCUGCAUACCUCAGAACGUGUCUGCUGUGGAGACCUGUAGUUCAGACUCCGCCUCUCUUACAUGGAACUAUGCCAAUGGUGCGAUCUUCUACAUCGGAAUGGCGACGCACGUGGAUGGCACAGUUCACACCUGUGCUGCAAUGGCGGCAGAAUGCACAUUUCCAGACCUGCGAUGCGGCGAGGAGUAUGAUGUGUUUGUCUUGUCAACUAACCUGAAAUGCAACAGUUCUGAGAGUCAACAUAUCACCCUGCAGACAGCUCCAUGUGCUCCGGUCAGCGUGGGGGUCACUAGAGACUGUGCAGCAAAUCACGCAAUCGUAAGUUGGCAGGCCCUUCAGACUGGGAGUCUGUACACAGCAGUACUGCAGGAUGAACAUGGGCCCACAGUUAAUUGCAGCUCCAGCUCUAACAACUGCACAUUCGCAAACCUGCUCUGCGGAAUGAACUACAGCGUCACAGUCACAAGGGAUGAUGGUCAAUGUGGAAGUCUGCCAUCCACACCCAUUCAGAUACAGUCAGCUCCCUGCGACCCUCAAAACAUCACAACUGUGCUCCAGUGUGACACCAACUCGGCCAACGUGACAUGGGCUGCUAGUGCGGGAGCUAAUGGGUACACAGCAAUGGCAACAGAUGGGCAGCAGCAACGCUUAGCUUCUUGUCACUCUUUGGGGACUUCCUGUCAGCUGACCUCUCUGCCGUGUGGGAUGAGACUAAAUGUGACUGUCCAAGCUGAUGGUGCCACCUGCAACAGCAGCUCUCAACCUAAAGCUGUAGUGGAAACAGCUCCCUGCAUUCCCACCAAUGUCGCUGCUGCUCUAAACUGUACAUCCAACAUUGCUUCCAUCACCUGGCACAGUGCCCUUGGUGCCACUUGGUACUUGGUAAAGGCAGAAGGCAACCAAGGGUACAAGACAUCCUGCAACAACACUGUCACAAGCUGUGAUAUCCCAAACCUGCAGUGCGGCCAGGAAUAUUCCAUCACAGUCAUGGGCAUGAAUGGUGACUGCAUGGGCCCGGCUAGCCAGCUUGUCAAACUUGCCUCAGCACCAUGCAACAACACUGGCAUUCAAGCCAGUCUAGACUGCAGCUCCAACUCAGCACUCAUUUCUUGGACACCAGGCAAUGGGUCACUAAGUUUCGAUGCAACACUGCAGUCUUUUCAGGACACCCAACAGCACAGCUGCUUCACCAACGGCUCCUCCUGCAGCAUCAGUUCACUGCCGUGUGGUCAGCACUAUAACAUCAGUGUUACAGGACACGGCCAGACCUGUUCAACCUCUUCUAAAACCUUGGUCACUCUUGACUCAGCUCCAUGUGUUCCCACUCAAGUCAAUGUGUCAUUAUCCUGUGGGUCGGACACUGCAUCUGUUUCCUGGGCAGCAUCUAGUGGCAUUGUUUCAUACUAUACAGUAACAGCAGUAGAUGAUAUUGGACAUACGCUAACCUGUAACUCCAGCAGCACUUCCUGUGACAUCAGAGGCCUGGCAUGUGGUCAGGCGUACAACGUGUCAGUCACAGCUAUGAGUGUGGACUGCACUGGGCAACGUAGUGAAGUGCGUCGCAUCAAUACUGCACCCUGUGCUCCUCAGUCUGUGGUCAGUCAGCACUUAGACUGUCAAACAGGUGAUGUUCAAAUUAGCUGGCAGUCGAGUAAAGGGGCGCAGAUCUACUAUGCUCAAGCAAAAUCUACAGACAAGACCCUGGUGUGUAACUCCACCUCCACCUCCUGCACCAUCCCUGCACUCGGCUGUGGGCAGACGUACAAUAUCACUGUGGUUGCAGAGGCCAACGGCUGUAGCUCCAAUGUCAGUGCGAUCAGUCAGGUCACAGCAGCCCCCUGUCCACCUACUUCUGUCGCUGCUGUUUUGGAUUGCUCUACUAACACAAUCUUGGUGUCUUGGAGCUCCUUGGCCAUUUCCGGGGUUCAUUACACAGCAAAGGCCAUUGGCCCAUUGGGGCCCUCUAGUGGUGUGGAGUGUAACACAACAAACUUGAACUGCACUCUUGCCCACCUGCAAUGUGGCAGCCAAUACAACGUCACUAUCACUGCUACCCAAAACAACUGUACUAGCAAAUCCAGCACAGAGUACUCCUUCAUUACAGCUCCAUGUGUGCCAGUUCUGAAUGAUGUGGCUCUGAACUGUAGCUCAAGGUCUGCUGUGGUGAACUGGUCUAGUUCAGGGUUGAGUCUAGGUGCAUUUUCGGUCAGCGCAGUGAGCACUCAAGGUGAACAGCUGGGCUGUGGUGUCUUCAACAAUGGUGCAUGUGUGGUGGAUGGACUGCAGUGUGGACAGACGUACACGUUCACUGUGAAUGCAACGCAAGGCCAAUGCACAAGUGCUGCUAGUAACACACUGCAGAGAGAGACAGCCCCAUGCCCUCCACUGAAUAUCCAGUCCAUAAUGAACUGUGGCAGCAACACAGCGAGUGUGUCUUGGUCCGGCGGCAAUGGAGCUCUGUCCUUUAUGACGACAAUGGAAUGCUCUAAUGGACAGACGUACAUCUGCAGUACCAAUGAAACAGGAUGUGACAUCACUAACAUGGCAUGUGGACAGACAUGCACCGUUAAAGUAGUGGCAAAGGGACAUUCCUGCAACAGCUCUGCAGGCACUGGAUCACCUGUCAUAACAGGUCCUUGUGUACCACAAAAUGUUUCGGCCACUGUAAGCUGCAGCAGCAACAUAGCAACAGUAACCUGGGGGAGCAGCCAAGGGGCGGAGCUUUACACAGUGACAGCCAGCAGUGCUAAUGGCCUUUCAGCUAACUGCACCUCACCAUCCACUUCCUGUGACCUGUCAACUUUGACCUGUGGAGAGUCUUACACGAUCACAGUGAAGGCAAAAGGCAGCAACUGCAGCAGUGGGAACAGUGCGCCUGUUCAAGUUCAAGCAGUGCCCUGCACCCCAAGUAAUGUCCUGCCCACCGUGGACUGUGUCACAAAAUCUUUAGUUGUAUCAUGGACACCUAGUGCAGGAGGACAGUACUACACAGCCACCUUGCAGGACAGCAAUGGACUGUCCACCACCUGCCAGUCUACAGGCUCACAGUGUAACGUGACAGGUCUCAGCUGUGGUCAGCUGUACCACGUCAAUGUGACAGCGUCAGACAGUCUGUGCAGCAGCCCUCCCAGUGCUACUGUGAACACUGACUCAGUUCCCUGCGCAGCCAGCUCCAUCAGGGCAGUGUUGGAUUGUCAGCUGGGUACAGCCACUGUGUCAUGGCAGUACGGUGCAGGUUCUCAGGGAUACGCUGUCUCUGCCUUGGCACCGGUGGACAACAGGGCUAGCUGCACAUCCAACAGCUCCAUCACGCACUGUGAGCUGAGCGACCUGCAGUGUGGCAAUGAGUAUACGGUGAAAGUACAGAGUUUGGGAUACACGUGCAAUGCCAGUGCACAGAUGACUGGCUCCCUGAUCACAGGUCCAUGUGUUCCUCAGCAUCUGACAGUGCACUACAGUCCUUCCACUGCUCUGCUGUCCUGGGACGUCACUAAAGGUGGCCCCAACUUCACAGCAGACGCUGUGACCCUCGAGGGCCUAACAGUGACCUGUGAGACCUCUAACACGAGCUGCACCUUCCCACACCUGGACUGUGACCAGAUCUACAACAUCAGUGUGACGGCUCACAACAGUGUCUGCAGUGACACUGUGACCUCUGAUCCUAUCAAGACAGAACCCUGUCCUCCUCAAAAUGUCAAAGCUAGCCUAAACUGCGCAACCCUCAGUGCUGCUGUCUCCUGGGAGCCUAGUCAGCUGGCAGUGGGAUAUGUUGCAUUCCUGGAAGGCGGAAAUGGUCAUUCCACUUCCUGUUGGACAAAUCAUACAUACUGCAGUGUACCUGAUCUCACCUGUGGAACAGUGUACUAUGUCAGAGUCCGUGCCAUUGGUGAGGUGUUCAACAGCUCUGACAGCACUGGGGUCAACAUGACAUCAGCACCAUGUCUGUCCACCAGUGUGUCUGCCAUGAUGGACUGCACAGAUUCAGUUCUAGUGUCUUGGAGUGCUAUUGCUGGUGCGGAGAAUUACUCUGUGACCGCUUUGGGGUCAGAAGGUCAAACAGUCUCCUGCUCAACCAGUCAGAACCACUGUAACAUCUCCUCCCUGCAGUGUGGACAGCAAUUUAACCUCACCUUCAGCUCUACGAACCAGCAGUGCCAAACGACCUCCACCACCAAUGUCACAUUCCUGUCCAGACCCUGUGUACCACUGCAGCCAGUCGUCGAUAAACUGUGUGGUAACAAAAUGUCUGUGAUGUCUUGGGAAGAGAGAGAAGUAGUUGAUUACUACGUCGCCCGAGCCAUCAGUGCAGCAGGAGAAUACCAGCUCUGUAACUCCACAAGCUCUGUUUGUUCCUUCCCUACUCUGGGCUGUGGAGAGACCUUCACAUUCACUGUCACCGCCUACAGAGGCCACUGCCAAAGCGACGCCAGCGCACCUGUAUACCUCACUACAGAUCCUUGCAAACCAGAGAAUGUGUCUGCUCACGUGUCAUGUGACAGCGAGACGGUGGCGCUUGACUGGUCAAAAGCCAAAGGAGCGUCAUUCUACAUUGUGAUGGCAACAGGGAGUCUGGGAUAUUUCGUCGACUUUAACACUACUUCUACUAACCUGUCUGUGUCACUGCUCUGUGGACAAAGCUACAACGUGUCUGUCCAAGCAAAUAGCGAUACCUGCGACAGCCCACUGAGCAUUCCUGCGGUUUUCAGACUCGCGCCCUGCACGCCCCUUAAUCUCGUGACAUAUUUCGAGUGUGACAAUCAGUUGGGUUCUGUCAGCUGGGGCCCAAGUGAUGGGGCGAACAUGUACACUGCCACAGCAGUGGGUGAGGAUGGACACACACACCUGUGUGUUACUAAUGGGACCAGCUGCACCUGGGAGGACCUGCACUGCGGUGAAAUCUAUAACGUUACAGUCACUGCCAAUGAUAGCCGCUGCACGAGCGCACGCAGCAACAGCACCACCAUACACAUGGCCCCAUGUGUUCCUCAAGCUUUGUCGUCCAUCCUGGACUGUGGCACAGGGGUGGGCUCUCUGAGCUGGGCUUCCAGUGCUGGAGCUGAGACAUAUGAGGUGGUAGCAGUGAAUGAAGACGGGAACACGCUGGCAUUCAGUACCAACAUCACCAGUGGCCACUUAUCAGAGCUGUUCUGCGGUAAACAGUACCAGGUCACAGUCAGAGCAAUCAACAGACAAUGCAGAAGUGUACCGAGUUCACCUGCUUACCUGUCUUCAGUUCCAUGUGUUCCUCAGAACGUCGUAUCUGAGCUGGACUGUAUGUUUAACUUCAUAAAUAUAAGGUGGAACAUCAGCCGCGGGGCGGCGUCUUACCUGGUGGUCGCCAAGGGACCUGAGGGUCCAGUGACUGCCUGUAACACAACAGCGCAGGAGUGCAGACUGCAAACACUGCACUGCAGCUCCUCGUACAAUGUCAGCGUUAUUGCAGUAAACCAACAAUGCAACACGUCAGGAAGCUCCAUCUUACCAAUAAACACCGUGCCAUGUGUACCUACUCACGUGCAGGGCAGUGUUAACUGUACGACUGGAGCUGUAUCCAUCUCCUGGGCCCCAAGCUUAGGGGCCAUUUCCUAUGCUGCGGUUGCUCAGACUAGUGGUGGCUACGCCUCAGUGUGUAACAGCACUGGAACAGCAUGUGUCUUCUCAGAUCUGCUCUGUGGGAUGAACUAUAGUCUAACUGUCAGCGGCACUGACGGGACCUGCAGCACUGCACCGAGUCAACCAGUCAUGCUGAGUACAGUGCCCUGUAAGCCACAGAAUGCUAGCGCCCAGCUCGACUGUGACACCAACUCUGCUGUUGUAAGUUGGGAGCUCAGUGAUAACGUCACACGUCACACAGUCCAGGCUGUUGGUUCUGAUGGACAUCGCAUCGACUGCACCAGCUCCGACCAAAGUUGUGCAUUAGCUGGCAUGCGCUGUGGCCAGAGCUAUAACGUUACUGUCACUGCCUUGGAUGGAGUAUGUGACAACAUCAACACACACCUCAUGCUGAAGUCAGCUCCAUGUGCACCUAGUAAUGUGCAGACGUCUUUGCAUUGCGACAUCAGUGGUGGUGUUGUGUCUGUGUCAUGGGUGCAAGCAAACGGGGCGGAGUCUUACAUGGCUGUGGCCGUGUCUAAUGAUGGUCAUUCCUACUCUUGUAACACCACCACUGCCUCCUGUGAUCUGCAGGAGCUGCAGUGUGGCCAGAUUUAUAACGUCUCUGUCUACUCACUGGCCCAUGGCUGUGGAGGCGUGAAGAGCACUAUGUCUCAGGUGCAGACAGCUCCAUGUGCCCCCCAGAACGUAUCUGCCAUUGUGCAGUGUGAUUCAGGGUCUGUGCUGGUGAGUUGGAACCCAGCAGUGGACGCCAGCCUGUUCAAAGUUGAACUUGAGUCUGAGAGCACUGGUGUGAUCUCCUCAUGUAACAGCACAAACACUCAGUGCUCCAUCACCCAUCUGCCCUGUGGAGAGAGAUUCAACCUCAGUGUGGUGGCACUGAGAGGCGGCUGUCAGAGUCAACCAAGCAGUGACCAUUCCAUCGCCUCAGCUCCAUGUAUUCCGCAGGGGGUCAACGGUACUGUGGACUGUGUCACUAACUCUGCAUGGGUAUCAUGGGAUGUAGCUAAUGGUGCAGAGUCUUACACAGUGCUGGCUGUAGGGGAGGACGGUCUCAAUUCCACCUGUAGCAGCUCAAACUCCACCUGUAAUGUACCUGACCUAGGCUGUGGAAGGAGCUACACCUUUCACGUCACUGCCUCAAAUGCUGCAUGCGUGAGCCCACCCAGCAGCAGCUUUCAGCUGGAGACAGCACCUUGUGCCUUGUCAUCCAUCGUGGUGGUGGCUGAAUGCCACAGUUCUGUUAUCAUGGUACAAUGGCAAAAAGCUUGGAGAGGAAAUUCUCUCUACUUUGCCACAGCAGAGGAUCAAGACCUUUCCAUCCUUUCCUGCAAUAGCUCCGCUUCUUCCUGCAACCUAACCAAUGUGCAGUGCGACAAGGAGUACACUAUCAUUGUGGCUGCUUCGGCCAACAAAUGCAGCAGCCUCCGCAGCCCACCCUACAAGAUCAGAACUGCACCCUGUCAGCCCUCAUCAGUACAGGCCGAUACAGACUGUCAGUCAAAGGAUGUGUUUGUGUCAUGGAACCCAUCAUAUGUGGCACAGUCGUACCUGCUUACUGCAGUUGGCAGAAAUGGAGACUUGAAGACGUGCAAUACCUCGGACAAUAACUGCACGCUAACCGAUCUGCAUUGCAGCAACAUCUAUGAAGUGUCCAUUUUAGCCAGUAAUGAGAACUGCACCAGCCUGCCCAGUGCUAACGUCACCAUCAAAACAGUGCCGUGUGGUCCAGCCAACUUAACUGCAACCGUACAGUGCGGGAACAGUAGUAGUGCCUCUUUGUCCUGGGUGGGGAGUACAGGGACGGUGGCCUACAUGGGACUUGCUCAGUCAGAAACCGGCACAACAGCCUACUGUGAAACCACACACACAUCUUGUACUCUGGAGGGCUUAGUGUGCGGCACUGUGUACAACUUUACAGUGCAGGCAACAGAUGGCUUCUGCAACAGCUCCUUGAGUGAACCUCAAACUAAGGGAGCAGCUCCAUGUCCUCCAGCUGGAUUUAGGGUUGUCCCUCGUACAGUAGUAAAUGAUACUCAGAUCUUGAGGGCGUCUUGGUCUACUGUGAAUUGUCCUAAUUCUGAAUACCUCCUGGCACUCACGGGCAGCAUUCAGGGCAACGACCAAGCACUCUUUGACAUCACCUCCUAUUGGACAAGUCGCACAUUCUUCGAAGUGCCUCUCCCAUGUGGCUCCACCUACAGCGCAACCAUCAGUGCGAGGAACUCUGCCGCCACAAGUGACAAGUCUCCUGCUGUCACUGGAACCACAGUGCCUUGUGCCCCUCUAAAUGUGACGUUCUCUGCAUCAUCAGCGGUAGUGGCAUGGAACGAGUCUCUAUUUGCUAAAAACUACACUGUGUAUGGGGUUGCUUCCUCUGGUAGGACGAAUCUCUGCAAGACCUCACAGCUCCUCUGCUCUGUUACCAAUUUCAGCAGUGGUCACAUUGUCGUAACUGCCCAAAACUCUGCCGGGGAGAGUGAAGACUCGGUGCCUGUUGUAGUGACAGCAGGUCGCAGGAGGAGGUGAAACCUGACAGGUUUGAGAAAGAUUAAUUCUCAAAAUGGAGAAAUAUACUUUAGUUAGGGCCUGACCGACCCUGAGAAAAUGCUCGUCUCUCAUCGCACUCAAACUCAUGCCUCUGUGAAUUCCUGCACUUAUCUAAGAAUUCUUGAAACGCUGUGAUAUUUAACUUUUGCAUGUUACAUAUAUUCUGGUUCAAGGUUCACUUUUU